AAGUAGUAGCUUGCGUGGGGAGAACGUGUUCGCCGCUCUGAAGCAGAGAAGGGAAGGCGCGAGUGAGGAGAGCGGGAAUCUAGAUGCUCUCCAAGUUGUUGGUAAUGGAUUACUUGGCUCACCCUGGCACACUCGGCUGGGCUGUCGGAGUUGCCUGUGGCAUGUGUCUGGGCUGGUGCCUCCGAGUACCCUUUGGAAUGAUUCCCAAAAGCUCCGUGAGAGAGACAGACAAAGAGACCAGAACUGAAGCCAGCAUCUUAGGAGAGAGUGGAGAAUACAAAAUGAUUCUUGUGGUUCGAAAUGACUUAAAGAUGGGAAAGGGGAAAGUAGCUGCCCAGUGCUCUCAUGCUGCAGUUUCUGCCUACAAGCAAAUUCAAAGAAGAAACCCUGAAUUACUCAAAGAAUGGGAAUACUGCGGCCAGCCCAAAGUAGUGGUCAAAGCCCCUGAUGAAGAAACCCUGAUUGAACUGUUGACCCAUGCCAAAAUGCUAGGAUUAACUGUGAGUUUAAUUCAAGAUGCUGGACGUACUCAGAUUGAACCAGGCUCUCGGACUGUCCUAGGAAUUGGGCCAGGACCAGCAGACCUAAUUGACAAAGUCACUGGUCAUCUAAAACUUUACUAAGUAAAUUUUGUAUGAUCCCUCCACCACAGUCAUAAUCAAUCUGUUUCCCCAUCCCCCCAAGUCCAAUCAGUAAUCCUUGAAUUGAAAAUAAAAUCUGCCUCCACUUGUUC